GCAUUUCCCAGCGCCCCACGCGGUGGCGGCCGUAAAGCGCGGCGGUCGAACGGCCGGUUCCGGCUGAAUGUCAGUGCGGGGCUGUGGGCCGGGGAGGAAGGUGGCCGGCGGUUCCUCUACCACCUCCGCUGCCGCCGCCUCCUCCGCCUGUGCUGCCGCCACGGGCCUUGGGCCGCUCGGCCGCUUGGGCAUGACGCCGUGAGACGAGAGACGGGUCGGGGCCGCCGACAUGUUUGGCCGCUCGCGGAGCUGGGUGGGCGGGGGCCAUGGCAAGUCUUCCCGCAACAUCCACUCCUUGGACCACCUCAAAUAUCUGUACCACGUUUUGACCAAAAACACCACAGUCACAGAACAGAACCGGAACCUGCUAGUGGAGACCAUCCGCUCCAUCACCGAGAUCCUCAUCUGGGGAGAUCAGAAUGACAGCUCUGUAUUUGACUUCUUCCUGGAGAAGAAUAUGUUUGUUUUCUUCUUGAACAUCCUGCGGCAAAAAUCGGGCCGUUAUGUGUGCGUUCAGCUGCUGCAGACCUUGAACAUCCUCUUUGAGAAUAUCAGUCACGAGACCUCACUUUAUUAUUUGCUCUCAAAUAACUAUGUAAAUUCUAUCAUCGUUCAUAAAUUUGACUUUUCCGAUGAGGAGAUUAUGGCCUAUUAUAUAUCGUUUCUGAAAACACUUUCGUUAAAACUCAACAACCACACUGUCCAUUUCUUUUAUAAUGAGCACACCAAUGACUUUGCCCUGUACACAGAAGCCAUCAAGUUUUUCAAUCACCCUGAAAGCAUGGUUAGAAUUGCUGUGAGAACCAUAACUUUGAAUGUCUAUAAAGUGUCAUUGGACAACCAGGCCAUGCUGCACUACAUCCGAGAUAAAACUGCAGUUCCUUACUUUUCCAAUUUGGUCUGGUUCAUCGGGAGCCACGUGAUCGAACUUGAUGACUGCGUGCAGACGGAUGAGGAGCACCGGAAUCGGGGCAAGCUCAGCGACCUGGUGGCAGAGCACCUAGACCACCUGCACUAUCUCAAUGACAUCCUGAUCAUCAACUGCGAGUUCCUCAACGAUGUGCUCACGGACCACCUGCUCAACAGGCUCUUCCUGCCCCUCUACGUGUACUCACUGGAGAACCAGGACAAGGGAGGAGAACGGCCGAAAAUUAGCCUGCCGGUGUCUCUCUAUCUGCUGUCACAGGUCUUCUUAAUUAUACAUCAUGCACCGCUGGUGAACUCAUUAGCUGAAGUCAUUCUGAAUGGUGAUCUCUCUGAAAUGUACGCUAAGACUGAACAGGAUGUUCAGAGAAGUUCUGCCAAGCCCAGCAUUCGGUGCUUCAUUAAACCCACCGAGACGCUCGAGCGGUCCCUUGAGAUGAACAAGCACAAGGGCAAGAGACGGGUGCAAAAGAGACCCAACUACAAAAACGUUGGGGAAGAAGAAGAUGAGGAGAAAGGGCCCGCUGAGGAUGCCCAAGAAGACGCCGAGAAGGCUAAAGGUACAGAGGGUGGUUCAAAAGGCAGCAAGACGAGUGGGGAGAGUGAAGAGAUCGAGAUGGUGAUCAUGGAGCGUAGCAAGCUCUCAGAGCUGGCCGCCAGCGCCUCUGUGCAGGAGCAGAACACCACCGACGAGGAGAAGAGUGCCGCUGCCACGUGCUCCGAGAGUGCACAGUGGAGCAGACCCUUCCUGGAUAUGGUGUACCACGCUCUGGACAGCCCGGAUGAUGAUUACCACGCCUUGUUUGUGCUCUGCCUCCUCUACGCCAUGUCUCAUAAUAAAGGCAUGGAUCCUGAGAAAUUAGAACGAAUCCAGCUCCCAGUGCCAAAUGUGGCAGAGAAGAACACCUACAACCAUCCGUUGGCUGAAAGGCUCAUCAGGAUCAUGAACAAUGCUGCCCAGCCAGAUGGGAAGAUCCGGCUGGCAACGCUGGAGCUGAGCUGCCUGCUUCUGAAGCAGCAAGUCCUCACAAUUGCUGGCUGCAUCAUGAAGGAUGUGCACCUGGCCUGCCUGGAGGGUGCGAGAGAAGAAAGUGUUCACCUUGUACGACAUUUUUAUAAGGGAGAAGACAUUUUUUUGGACAUGUUUGAAGAUGAGUACAGGAGCAUGACAAUGAAGCCCAUGAACGUGGAAUAUCUCAUGAUGGAUGCCUCCAUCCUGCUGCCCCCAACAGGCACGCCGCUGACGGGCAUUGACUUUGUGAAGCGCCUGCCAUGUGGCGAUGUGGAGAAGACCCGGCGGGCCAUCCGGGUAUUCUUCAUGCUGCGUUCCCUGUCACUGCAAUUGCGAGGGGAGCCCGAGACGCAGUUGCCGCUGACUCGGGAGGAGGACCUGAUCAAGACCGACGAUGUCCUGGAUCUGAAUAACAGCGACUUGAUUGCGUGCACAGUGAUCACUAAGGAUGGUGGCAUGGUCCAGCGAUUCCUGGCUGUGGAUAUUUACCAGAUGAGCUUGGUGGAGCCUGAUGUGUCCAGACUUGGCUGGGGAGUGGUCAAGUUUGCAGGCCUUCUGCAGGACAUGCAAGUGACUGGAGUGGAGGAUGACAGCCGUGCACUGAACAUCACCAUCCACAAGCCUGCAUCCAGCCCCCAUUCCAAACCCUUCCCCAUCCUCCAGGCCACCUUCAUCUUCUCUGACCAUAUCCGCUGCAUCAUCGCCAAGCAGCGCCUGGCCAAAGGCCGCAUCCAGGCGAGGCGCAUGAAGAUGCAGAGGAUAGCUGCCCUCCUGGACCUCCCAAUCCAGCCCACCACUGAAGUCCUGGGGUUUGGACUCGGCUCCUCCAGCUCCACUCAGCACCUGCCUUUCCGCUUCUACGACCAGGGGCGCCGGGGCAGCAGUGACCCCACCGUGCAGCGCUCCGUGUUUGCAUCUGUGGACAAGGUGCCAGGCUUCGCCGUGGCCCAGUGCAUAAACCAGCACAGCUCCCCAUCCCUGUCCUCGAGGUCACCACCCUCCGCCAGCGGGAGCCCCAGCGGCAGUGGGAGCACCAGCCACUGCGACUCGGGAGGCACCAGCUCGUCCUCUACCCCCUCCACAGCUCAGAGCCCCGCAGAUGCCCCCACGACUCCAGAACUGCCUCAACCUCACCUUCCUGAUCAGUUGGUGAUCGCCAGCGAAACGGAAGUAGACUCCAGGCCCAGCAAGAACGUGGCCAGGAGCGCAGCCGUGGAGACAGCCAGCCUGUCCCCGAGCCUCGUCCCUGCCCAGCAGCCCACCAUCUCCCUGCUCUGCGAGGACACGGCCGACACGCUGAGCGUCGAGUCUCUGACCCUCGUCCCCCCCGUCGACCCCCACAGCCUCCGCAGCCUCACCGGCAUUCCCCCGCUGCCUACACCGGCUGCCACCUGCACGGACCCCCUGGGCGAAGAGGCUGCAUGUGCCGAGCCUGUGGGCCCCACCGAGGACUGAGUCAGCGCCAGGACCUCCCUUUGUGUGUGUGGCCCCGCUGGUAGGGACCCCCAGUGCCGCUGACUGGCGAGACACACUGGAAGCACCCACAGUUCUCUGCAGCCCCCAGCAGCCGUCUCAGCCACCUAUCCCUGCACUCCCUUGAAUGGGAAGAAGGCCAUGUUGCCCUUCCAUUUCUUUUUCACUUUGUGUCUCUUCACGUGCAGGCUGGGACCCGUGGAGACAUCCCGACGAAUGGAGAUGACUGCACCGGCCACCUCAGGGAGCUGCCUGGGCUCCGUGUCUCUGAGCCCCAGGUGGCAGGAGCCACCGGCCCCUCUUCCUUCCUCCACGUGGCUUCUCUGUCACCAGCCCCAGUGUGCGCAGAAGAACUGGACCAAGUCACUGUAGGUAGAAAUUUGUGGCAAAGCAGACUUAGAUAAACUUCUCCUUUGGAUAUUUAUUUCCGCUUUUGGCAGCAGGUGAACGUUUAUUUUUAAAACUUCUAUUUAAAAAAAAAAAGUCCAAAAACAUCAACAGUAAGAUUUGAUGUCCUGUUAAAAGUGUAAGAAUACAGUGAAAAUUUCAUUAUCAUUUACACUGGACCUUUCCCGAUGUUUUGUUUUAAAGUUCUUAGUGUGGCUGUUUCUAUUUAUUUAAGUGAUUCUUAUUUCUUUGUUACUCACUAACUCUGCAAGCCUGUGGAAUGAUAAAGUACCUUCCUGGAAUGUUUAGAUUAUUUUUUAAACAAAAACAAGGGAGAUACACAUAUUCUCAGGUACACACAGAGCUGAGAGGGCUGAGAGCUUUCCUGCCGUAGCAGCCAAGAGGCCUCCCAUUGUGGAAAGAUUUCUCCAGGAAAGGGGAGAAUGUAGCCAGCUCCCCACUCAGGAUGCUUCCUCAUUUCUCUUCACCAAAACCAAACAGAGACGGCUUCCAGCAUCUUCUUCAGUGUUGCCACCUCUAAGAAAGGACCGCUUGGGACCGUGAGGACUCCGGACCCUGUGGCAAUGAUGAAAAUCAAAACAAGCCGCCCUCAGCAUCACCUGCCACUCAAAUUGCGUCUGCCCAUGUGCGCCGAGAGAUGGCCCAGAGCCAGUUCCCGCCCCAGCUGCAAGGGCAUGGUGUCCCCAGAGCUCUGAGUCUGUCACUCUCCCUCUCUGCUACUCCUCCUGGUCUGAAAAUUAAAACCCCAUGGUUUCCUCCCCAAUUCUGGCUGGGUGUACGCAGGCAAGGACCUGGAUGCAUCAGACCCAGCACGCAAGAUGUUCCUUUCUACUCAGCCAGCUUGGGAGCACGACACAGCACUCACAGCCCGGGCCGCGGUUCACCCUCCCCAGAUCUUCCAAGGCCAGCAGCCCCUCACCUCUCUGAUCACGGAUGAGACCUUCUGCGGCUUUCCUCCAGACCUGCAGAUGUGCCAUACGCAGGAAUGUUAGAUGUCUGCCGGAGCCUGGCCGUGGCGUAGCCUCGGGAGACGCACUGAGAUCUUGCCACCUGCCUUUUAGAGGAACACAGUCCCUGUCCUCGGCCAAGCCAGCUGUCCUAGCAAGGCCUGCCAAGGGCAGUUUUCAACCUCCUGAAGGAAACACAGUCCUGCUGAGGAGGGGGAGUGGCACCCAUGGGGACAGGUCUCAGUCAUCAGAAGCCCUCCGGGUAGCUGUGUCCACCCAGCUUUCACGGCUGCAGGCACAAGGACCUUUGCUUCAAUAGAGAAAAGACGUCGCUAAGAAAGGGCCCCUGGGCAGAAACCUCAAGGAAAGACAAGCCGCGACCACCAUGGCCAUCUACAGAGUCCUGCAAAGAGAAGGAAGACAGACCAGGAUAGGGGAAGACCAUCAUGGGGAGAAGGACCACAGUAUCAGGAGACGGGGCACCCCAUGCCCUGCAGGCUGCCUGUCUGUUACUUGAUUUUUGUAAGAGCAAGAGGGGUGGGGAGGAUCGGGUUGGCCCUGGCUGGAGUUGGCCAGCCCCCGAGACGCACACUUCUGGUUUUGAAAUGACUCCGUCUUUGGGGCAGGAGAAACUAGAGAAGGCAAGUGGCUGCCCCACCCAAGGCGUGACCAGAAGGAACAGCCUGCACCUCACUCCACGCCACAUCGGUGGGCCACCAGCCUGCCGUCAGCUGGUGACCACUGAGUACCGGAAGGGAGAGGUCUUGGCCAGGGCCGGACAGCAUGCCCAGGAGGACCAGGGGAAAAUAAGACACUGCUUGGGACAGGGCUUCUACCCUGCGUCCCUGGCCAAGGACAGGACAGUCCCCUGUGAGGGCUCGAAGGGUCACUCUCCGGGCCUCUUUCAGCUGUAGAUGAUGACUUGCCUCUGGGGGAGAGACCUCCAGGUCUGUAGGGUGGGGAUUUCCGAUAACCAGGGCUCCCAGAAGCUUUGCUUAUGUAGGAGGUCUGGGAGCCCACUGGAGCCCACCAGCCGUUUUGCCCACCUCACGCAGGUCUCAGUGGCAGUGGACACAGCUGUGUCUUCAGGAGCUUCCUGCAAACGUAAUCGCUGGGGCGCUCCCAGACAGGCCAGUCCAGACAGGACAUGCUGGAUCCCUGGCACCCGGCAGCCAGGGGAAGAGCCAAGAGUCUGGGAGGGCCCACAGCGGGGGCUGGGGCUUCUGACACUCAGGUCAUAGCCUCAGAUGUCUGAGGUCAGCCCCGACAGACCCAUCAGGCCCUGGUCCACCCUUCCCCCAUGCACCAUCCAGCUACGUUUGCCAAGUCAGGGAGCACGGCUGGCUCCAGGAACUCCCAAACCUUGGCUUUGAAAGUUGCUAUGGAGAUGUGCUCGUCCCUUUCUGGACAUUGGAAGUGCCUGUCCCAGCAGGUCAGAUGAGGCCAGCUCAGGCACUCCCCCGGGCAGGAAGGGCCAGCCUCCGCUGUGGCAUGGAGUUGGGAGGAGGGGCCCCCAUGAGCAGCUACCUUCCCAGCCUGGUUCUUCUCCCAGAGCCUCAGCAGCCUCCCACCACUCAGACACGUGAGUUCACAAGCAACCCAAAGAGCAGGUCAAGAAACGCAGCCCUGCCAGAUGCGUGCUAGAUUCCUCUAAGGCCUCUGAGAUGCCCAGUUUUUGAAAAAGGCAUGGGGUAAACUGAUUUUGAUCUUCUUGUCUAGACAAAGUAAAUCUGAAACAUUUAAUGUAGUCAUCUUGACAUUGGGCAUACACUGUACGAAUUCCUUACGUUUCCUUGAGCUCAAAAUAUGUAAAUAAUUUUUGUCCCAGCGAGGAGCAAUGGUUGGAAAACCUCGAUGCCUCUGAACCUCGGGACGGCUCUAGGGAAGUACCUGCUUUCGCCAGCGUGACUCAUGUUUCGUGGGUACAGAACACAGGGGUGGAAAUUAAAACUGGAACUUCCUUGUAAAUUCAAACUUGGCAAUAAAAGAAACAAAGUUACCAA